AUGGACGGCAGCCAAGCUGGCAGCGCCGCCAGCGCCAACAGUUCAAGUGACUUUGUACGAAAGCUUUAUAAAAUGCUUGAAGAUCCGUCAUAUUCGCAGGUCGUCCGAUGGGGGGAUGACGGUGGAAGCUUCGUAGUCCUCGAGAACGAAAAGUUCACCAAGUCCAUCCUCCCGAAGCACUUCAAGCACAGCAACUUUGCGAGCUUCGUCCGCCAGCUCAACAAGUACGACUUUCACAAGGUGCGGCAUAAUAACGAAGAGGGUGGAACGUCCCCUUAUGGCGCUGGCGCUUGGGAAUUCAAACAUCCAGAGUUCAAGGCGAACAGCAAGGACUCCUUGGACAAUAUCCGUCGCAAAGCCCCGGCUCCACGAAAGGCACCACAGGUCGCUGAUGAGACCGGACCGACACAGCAGAUGGAUCUAGUCAACACUCAGCUCGUAGCGACACAACAACAGCUAGAACAGCUUCAACAGAGGCAUCAAGACCUGGCCGUGCAUCACUCAAUGCUUGUUCAGGAACUCAUUGGAGUACAGAAAACGGUGGUCAAUCACGAACAUGUGAUGCAGAAUGUCAUGAGUUACCUGCAUUCGGUCGACGCGAGACAGCGGCGAGACAGCAGGGUUGGCGGCCCGUUCGCUGCACAAAUGGAAACCAAGGGGCCUUCCUCAAAUGUAGAGACACAGCAUCAGAUGUCGCCUCUAGAAGACGAACCAGCCUCGCCAUUGCAAAAGGCGUCCAAUUUGCUUAAUGACCUUAGUGCCGACGAGCAGUUGAAUUAUAAGACUCUUGAGAAUAUGAACCAUGAUCUGGCUCACCAGGGCAAUGGCUUUGUGUCGACUCCACCACCAGAUGGAAAUCGUGGGCACCAGAAGGCUGCAACAUCGGCAGCGUCUAGCACAUCAAUACCUUAUGCAAAGCUGCACCACCCGUAUGAUGGCGAUAAUGUGGUGUAUCCUGCAGGCCAGCCCAACGGCAUAGACCCAGCGUACAGUGAACAUCUGCCGAAUAUUCCUUAUCCCUUGCCGUCUAAGGACUCCGAAGCGCCUGAUACUAGGAGCAUCGCAAAUCGCAAGAAGAGCACCCAAGUCGACCCGGGUUGGUCGCGGGCACCACAGAUCCUGCUGGUUGAAGACGAUCCAACGUGUCGGCGAAUUGGUAGUAAAUUUUUGUAUUCCUUCCAUUGCGCAAUCGACAGUGCCUUUGAUGGCUUAGAGGCGGUCAACAAAAUGAACGCAGGAUCGAAAUAUGACUUGGUCCUGAUGGAUAUCAUCAUGCCCAACCUUGAUGGUGUUUCUGCGUGCCAUUUGAUCAGACAGUUCGAUCAUACACCGAUUGUUGCAAUGACGUCUAACAUCCGUAGCGACGAUAUUUCAAUGUACUUUCAGCAUGGUAUGAAUGAUGUUUUGCCGAAACCAUUCACGAAAGAGGGCCUCUUGAGCAUGCUUGACAAGCAUCUUGGUCAUCUCAAACGAAUGCCUGAUGGGAUGGAGCCGAUGCCCAAUCCACCCCCAAUCCCACAAAGUUCAGUAGGAACAUCGCUCAAGGAGGAGAACUCUCCAGCCGAUUCUCCCUCGACGAUGUCGAAUUGGCAAUCGCCAGGCCCGUACUCAGGCAUCUCCCCAAUCCAAGGAGCGUCUUCUCAGUCAUUCAUGCAGCCUCUACACUCAGCUAGCGCGUACAGCUCCGAUCAAAGUCCCAUGUCAUACCAGCCACCGCACACACCGAUCGGUGGUCAGCCUCAGAUGCCGCAUCGAAGGCAGAUAUCGGAGCUAGGGCCAGAUGAGAUAAGUAGCGACCAGAAACGCCAACGGGUUUACGAUCAAAGUUUACCGAUGGGCCAGAUGCAGCCUGGGAGAGCCAGGUGA